GGUCCAGGAAGCUGUCUCAGUGUCCAAGCUUUAGCAAAAGCAGCUGGUUAGGAGAAUGGAUGAGGAAGAGUUGGAGGCUGUGGAGGAGCUUGAGGCGGUGUUACACCUGUCCCCGGAGGUGCAGCAAGCCAUAGAACAGGUCUUCCCAAGUCAAGAUCUUCUUGAUCGUGCUGAUUUCAAUGCUGUGGAGUACAUUAAUAGUAUAUUUCCAACUGAGCAGUCUCUGUCCAAUAUUGAUGAAGUUGUGAGCAAAAUACGGUUGAAAAUAAGGCAUUUGGAUGAAAGCAUUAGGACUGUGGUGAGAGGUCAGACAAAUGUUGGACAGGAUGGGAGACAGGCCCUGGAAGAGGCUCAGAAAGCUAUACAACAACUGUUUGGGAAGAUUAAAGACAUUAAAGACAAAGCAGAGAAGUCGGAACAAAUGGUGAAAGAAAUCACUCGUGAUAUUAAGCAACUGGACCAUGCAAAACGGCAUUUGACUACCUCAAUCACAACACUAAAUCACCUGCAUAUGCUGGCUGGAGGAGUAGAUUCAUUGGAGGCCAUGACCAGGAAAAGACAAUAUGGAGAAGUUGCAAACCUUCUUCAGGGAGUAGUCAAUGUACUAGAGCAUUUUCAGAAAUAUAUGGGUAUUCCUCAGAUUCGACAGCUUUCUGAAAGAGUUAAAGCUGCUCAGACUGAAUUAGGCCGACAGAUCUUAGCUGAUUUUGAGGAAGCUUUCCCAUCACAAGGCACUAAGCGGCCUGGUGGACCCAGUAACGUCCUGCGCGAUGCCUGCUUGGUUGCCAAUGUUCUGGAUUCACGGAUUAAGCAAGAGAUCAUCAAGAAGUUCAUCAGACAGCAUCUCUCUGAAUACCUGGUGCUUUUCCAGGAAAAUCAAGAUGUUGCCUGGCUUGAUAAAAUUGACAGGCGCUAUGCUUGGAUAAAACGUCAGCUGGUGGAUUAUGAAGAAAAGUAUAGCCGCAUGUUUCCAGUGGAUUGGUGCAUGACUGAGCGCAUUGCUGUUGAGUUUUGUCACAUAACAAGGAAUGAUCUUGCAAAGAUCAUGCGAACGAGAGCUAAAGAGAUUGAGGUGAAGCUUCUGCUGUUUGCUAUUCAGCGAACCACUAAUUUUGAGGGACUUCUUGCCAAACGUUUCUCAGGCAGCACCUUGAGUGACAUAGUUGUGAAAAAGCAAGAUCCACAGCCUCCUAUAUCUACUAAUCCUUUUCUGGAUGAUGAGAAUAUAAAUGAAGAGACUGCCCUGGAAAGAGAUGAUGACUUGGACAAACCUAAGAAAUCCAAGCCACCUGAGAACCCCUUCCAUGGCAUAAUAUCCAAAUGUUUUGAGCCUCAUCUGUAUGUAUAUAUAGAGUCCCAAGACAAAAAUCUGGGUGAGUUAAUUGACCGCUUUGUUGGAGAUUUUAAGGCUCAGGGCCCACCAAAGUCCACGUCAGAGGAUGCAGGAGCAGUUCUUCCAAGUUGUGCGGACCUCUUUGUCUAUUACAAGAAAUGCAUGGUGCAGUGCUCCCAGCUCAGCACUGGGGAACCGAUGAUUGCCCUCAGCACAAUAUUCCAGAAGUACCUACGGGAAUAUGCAUGGAAAAUUCUCUCUGGUAAUCUGCCAAAAACAAGCAGCAGCAGCACUGGACUCACUAUUACCAGUCUGUUGAAGGAAAAGGAAGGGUCUGAAGUGUCCAAGUUCACCAUGGAGGAGCUGUGUCUAAUAUGCAGCAUCCUGAGUACAGCAGAGUAUUGCCUAGCAACAACACAGCAACUUGAUGAGAAACUUAAGGAAAAAGUAGAUAUCACAUUGAGAGAGAGAAUUAAUCUCACAGGAGAGAUGGACACAUUCAGCACAGUGAUUUCGAACAGUAUCCAGCUUCUAGUGCAAGACCUUGAUUCUUCGUGUGAUCCUGCACUAACUGCAAUGAGCAAGAUGCAGUGGCAGAAUGUGGAGCACGUUGGUGAUCAAAGCCCCUAUGUUACUUCAAUUAUUCUUCACAUCAAGCAGAACGUCCCUAUCAUCCGUGACAACCUCGCCUCCACAAGGAAGUACUUCACCCAAUUCUGCAUUAAAUUUGCAAAUUCCUUUAUUCCAAAAUUUAUCAACCAUCUUUUUAAAUGUAAGCCGAUCAGCAUGGUGGGCGCUGAACAGUUACUUCUGGAUACUCACUCACUGAAAACUGUCCUCUUAGAUCUGCCAUCAAUUGGUUCCCAAGUUGUGCGGAAAGCCCCAGCCAGCUACACAAAGAUUGUGGUAAAAGGCAUGACACGGGCCGAAAUGAUUCUAAAGGUUGUAAUGGCUCCACAUGAACCGUCUGUGGUCUUUGUUGAUAAUUACAUUAAACUCCUUGCUGACUGCAACACAGAAACUUUCCAAAAGAUAUUAGAAAUGAAGGGGCUGAAAAGAAGUGAACAAAGUGCUAUGUUGGAGCUGUUUCGACAGAGACUCCCAACACCUCCAUCAGGUGCUGAGAACAAUAGCUCACUAUCCUUACAGGCUCCAACCCCAGAGCAAGAGUCAUCCCGGAUACGCAAGCUGGAAAAGCUCAUCAAGAAGCGACUAUAAUUAAAUUAAAAGUUGCCUUUGAUCAUCACACUUAUAUGUUAGUACUUGUUACUUCUGAGUGUUACAAAGAAUUCUGGUGUAAAACUCUAUAACAGCCACUAUAUUAGAUUGCCACUUUACUUUUCACACAAUAUUUCUAACUGUCAACAAUGAAGGAAUCCAGCCAGUUAAAUCGCAUUGGAUCUGACCGACUGGUAUGAGGUUGUCUAGACAGAACAUAUCAAGAUCAGCCCUUCCCUCAAGCAUGCAAAAAGCACUGAGUGGGAGUUUGUGGUCACACAAUUAUUCUUCCUACUUUUUCUUUUUUGCUUUUGCUUAGGGUUUGUAAGCACAUAGCUAUGAGCCCUGUCUAUUUAAGCAGAGUCUUCUGCUUCCAUACAGGCACCAAAUUUACUGUUUAACCUCUCUGUUGCUGAAAGUAUGCAACACAAUACAACAUUGUUACUAAAUGCAAAGAGUGUUAACACCUUGCAUUUUGCACCAGAGCCGAUUUGGGUGAUUUAUGUAUUUUAGUUUUAUUUGAAGGGUUAUUUGUUAUAGCAGUCAUUUAAACACAUCUGUUCUUUUUAUUGAAAUAUAUAUAUAUAUGUUUAUGUAUGUUUAAAAAUAGCUUGCAAUUUUCUAAGUUUAGCAGCUUUCAAUUUUCUAAGUUUAUUAGUUUUUUGCACUAGAAGAGUUUUUAGAAAAUACUGUAUUUCAAGAUCUGCAGUUGUAAACACUAAACUUCUAUAAAAAAUGACUUUUUGUGAGUGCUCUUUCAGGACAGGGGGGCUUAGCAAUGUCUGGAGCAAAGCUCACAUUGAGCAGCAGAAGUGCACUGAUCUGUGAUAACGGUUUCAAGUUGUCAGGAAUUGGGACAUGCAGAGGAAAUGGGGAAAACUGCAGGUCAGAAGUCCCAUAUCUAAACUGUUCUGCAUUAUGAGGCACAAUUAAGACUAGUCAAAUAGCUUAUAUUGUGAACUAGAUUGGUGUGUUUUGCUUUGGUUAAAUGUCUCAUUAAUAAAAUUCUAUACCUCGCAAAAUGUUAAAGGGACAUGAAACCCAAAAUUUUUCUUGCAUGAUUCAGAUAGAGAAUACAAUUUUAAACAACUUUCCAAUUUACUUCUAUUAUCUAAUUUGUUUCAUUCUUUAGCUAGCCUUUGUUGAAGAAAUAGCAAUGCACAUAGCUGAGGUAAUCCCACAAGGCAUAUAUGUGCAAGUACUGAGCCUAUUUAGAUAUGCUUUUCAACAAAGGAUAUCAAUAGAAUUCAUGGAAUUAAAUUGGAAAGUUAAUUAAAUUGCAUGCUCUAUCUGAAUCAUGAAAGAAAAUGAAAAAAAAAAUAUCUGGGACAUGGAGGUAAUGAAGUGUCAGAUAGGCAGAGCUGAGUGGCAUGGGGGGUAGUCAGUGUUGGGCAUAGCUAGCCAAUCCAGGAGUAGGUCUUGGCAGGGUUAGACAAUCUCAGCUUUCAUCAGGUGAAUCAGGACAUAAAUAGGUGAAGGAUGGACAGAGCAGAGAGACAAUUCUCCGAAAACAAGAGCAUUCCACAAAUUGUGUUGGUUGAGUGUUUGAAAUACAGGUUUAAAAUAUUUUAGAUAGUUGAUAUAUUUUAUGACAAUUUACUUCUGUAAACCCAGAUUGCUACUUAUUCGCUUUCAUAAGAGUUUGCUUUGUACGUCAGACAAUUGUUUCAAAGCAAUCCACUUGGGUUAUCAAGUAUUUUCAACAGAGGACUCCUAUACGCCCAUCCAGCUUCCAAAAACAUAUUCUUUUUCUUAGGUAGGUGCUAGUGGGUUAUAAAUAUUUUUGAUUGGAUAUAUUAUUAGGAUAGAUAUGUGGAUAUUUUAGUAGUAAGUACCUACGCUGAAGCAUAAUCAAAGCAACUACAUCCAAACAACCAAAUUUAGAUUGCUGGAUAUGAUGUUUUUGUUUUGGAGCAAAUAUUAAAGGACCAGUCAACACAGUAGAUUUGCAUAAUCAACAAAUGCAAAAUAACAAGACAAUACAAUAGCACUUAGUCGGAACUUCAAAGUAUUAGUAGAUUUUUUUUUCUGACAAUUUUAAAAGUUAUGUCUUUUUCCACUCCCCCUGUACCAUGUGACAGCCAUCAGCCAAUCACAAAUGCAUACACGUACCAUGUGACAGCUAUCAGCCAUUCACAAAUGCAUACACACUUAUUCUUGCACAUGCUCAGUAGGAGCUGGUGACUCAAAAAGUUUAAAUAUAAAAAGACUGUGCACAUUUUGUUAAUUGAAGUAAAUUGGAAAGUUGUUUAAAAUGGCAUGCUCUAUCUGAUUAAUGAAAGUUUAAUUUUGAUUGAGUGUCCCUUUUACUGCAGUCUGCUAUUAUUUGCUAUUAUUAAACACAGGUGCUCUAAGAAAAAUUACACCAGUAUGUCUGCAAUUAAGGGUAAUUUUAUUUGUAAUCUACAAGUUUUGUCUCAUUUGCUUCUUUCUUAAACUUUUUGUUUAAAGAUAUCCAAGUUAUAAAUAAAAGUUGCUAUUUUUUAUUUUAAGAAUCUUUUAUUCAAACCUUAGAGAACAAACUGGUUCCACAUUUCCGGUUCAGGAUCAUAAACAAGUGAGUUUUCUACCCGGUGUUGCUUUUUGAUAACAUCUGAGGGAAGGUGAAGGAAGUGCAUAACAAAAGCAAACUGAAAUAAAGAAUCUAUCAAAUAAACAUGGUAAAAAAAGCAAAUCUUAAAAGUCCUUUACUGAAAAACCACACUUGCACUGAUGUGUUUGAUUAUUCAGCUCAUAUCUUCAAUGUAAAAUGUCUUUUUGUUGCUGGUCGGACCUGCAGCAUCGAUCAUUAUGACUAAAAAGCAAACUUUCUGUGUUCUGAAACAUAUGUAAAUAGGAUAUGCAUUCAUUUCUCAACUAUAUAUAUAUAAAGACUUUAUGUAUAAACAAAGCUACACUCUUUCACUUAAAAAUCUGGAAAAUACCUUUUAAAAUGAUCUAUUAAAGUGACAUAAACAUACAGAAGAUAAUGCUGUAACAUGUAAGAACAUUUUUAUUGAACUAUUGCUUGCAUAUAACUGAUUUAACCCCUGCAGAAGGAUUAAACACAGUCGGCUUCAGAGCAGCAAUGCACUACUGAGUUUCAGCUGAACACAUCUGGUGAGUCAAGGACAAGAGACAUAUAUGUGCAGCUACCAAUCACCAGAUAGCUCCCAGUAGUGUACUGCUGCUCCAGAGCCCUACCUAGAUAUGCUUUUCAUCAAGUGAUACUAAGAGAAUGAAGUCAAUUUGAUAAUAGAGGUAAAUGGGAAACAAAUCUUAAAAUGACAUGCUCUGCCUCUCACUUAACCAUGGCAAUUUCAUUUUGAAUGUAUCGUCUCUAAGUUAUACCUUAUUUACAGUUUGUUUUCAAGGUUAGUUUAUUGGAGAAUUCUGCAUCAAUGUCUAAACAAAAAAUACCAAUACUUAACAAUUCCUUUAACAGUUGUUACUGAAUGAGGAGCUCAGAUGUGUUUUAUAUGAGUGCACAGAGGAUAAAUAUGUUAGAUGGCUACUUUAAAACAUAUUGGGUUUUUUUUUAUAUGUAUAACCAAUCCUGUAUUUUGAGAACUGAAAUUAUUAAUGAAUUAAAAACUUCUGUUGUCUACGUUAUAAAAUAUUGCUGUGUUAUGUCAUUUUACUUUCGGAUAUAGUCACACAUUAAAUGGGAAUUUCAGGAAUGUAAAAAUUGUGUUUUGUUCUGUAAAUCAUGAAUUUUAUUUACCAUAAUUAAAAGCUGCUUGGAUGUUGUAUAUUCUAUUCCCACUUACUAAUCUAUCUAAUCAUAAUUGUAUUACUGAUUAAAAUACAGGAUUUAAAAUA